CAUUUCCUCCUGCAGCGCAACACGUUCCAGGCAGUGCUAGCCUACGACCAUGCAGACGCCUAUGCCCUCUUCCUGUACCCUGAUGAUGGGAUUCAGUUCUUCAGCACUCGGCCCAAGGAGUCCUACCACAUCCAGCUCCAGCUUCCAGCCAGGGUGGGCUUCAGCAGGGGGGAAACGGACGCCAGAAGAGAGAACCUGCACUACAGCGUGGCCAGCAGUGAGCAGGGCCUCAAGAACCUCUACCAGAGCAGCAACGUGCUGACUCCCGGGGUCUGGGCCUUCCACAUCGGCAGCACGUCCCCCCUGGAGAACAUCGUUCCAGCUGGCGCCGGCAGGCUGCCUUUGGGGGGGGCCCUGCCCACAGCUCCGGAGAGUGCACCCCGCCACGCCACUGCCGAGCACAACGUCCUGGACGGCGACUACCUGGACGAGGCAUUUGCCACUUUCUCCUAUGACGAGAACGAAGAGUUCCCGUUCGUGCAGCCGACAGAGGUGGUGGCUGAGUACUAUGAUGAGCUCGGCAUUCCCCUGCACACCGACAGUAACCUUCAGGAACGGGUACAGGAGGGUUUGGAGUUCACUUACAAGUUGCCAGCGCCAGCAUCCAGCCAUCUCCCAUCCUCCCCGGAAGCGCAGCCUGUCCCCUCCCAAGAGCCAUCCUCGCUGGAGACGGAUGAGGACCUUCUGGAGCUAGUGUCUGUGGAGUCACCAACCUAUCGCCAGAGGGAGGAUAUCGAGGCUUAUCCGGAUGGCGGUGCUGUACCUGCAGAGACUGACGUCCACCUGGGGUACCCGGAGGGGGAGGUGGUCCUUCAGAGCUACCCAGACAGCCCGCUGCCCUUCCCGCGGGGGCGGCACGUCGUUGGUGUGGAUGAAGACGUUAGCUUUAACACUGACGUGUUCACCUACAGCGCCACCAGCCAGGAGACCUGUGAGCAGCACCACAGCCUCUGCUCCCUGCACGCCUUCUGCACCGACUACGCCACCGGCUUUUGCUGCCACUGCCAGACCAAGUUUUACGGGAACGGCCGGCACUGCCUCCCAGAGGGCGCGGCACAUCGGCUCAAUGGCAAAGUCAGCGGGAGCUUGCUGGUGGGGCGGACGCCGGUGCAUUUUGCCGACGUGGACCUGCAUGCUUACGUGGUGGGCAACGAUGGCCGAGCCUACACUGCCAUCAGCCGGAUCCCGCAGCCGGCAGCCCGUGCCCUGAUGCCGCUGACUCCCAUCGGGGGCCUUUUCGGCUGGCUCUUUGCUCUGGAGAAGCCGGGCUACGAGAACGGCUUUAGCAUCACUGGGGCUGAAUUCACCCACAGCCUGGAAGUCACCUUCUACCCUGGGGAGGAGACGGUCCACAUCACUCAAACAGCCGAGGGGCUGGGACUAGAAAAUUACCUGAGCCUUAGGACUCACAUCCAGGGCCGGGUGCCCUAUAUCCCGGAGAACUUCACUGUCCACAUCGCGCCCUACAAGGAGCUCUACCACUACUCCAGCUCAGCCAUAACCUCCACGUCCCACCGGGAAUAUUCCCUCCUCUUUGGGCAUCGCAACAAAACCCUCUCCUACCGACUGCACCAGAACAUCACCUUCCAGGACUGCCCACAUGCCCGUGCCCGCCAGGCUGUGCCAGCCACACAGCAGCUGAGUGUGGAGCGGGUCUUCGCCCUGUACAAUGAGGAGGAGCAGGUGCUGCGCUAUGCUGUAACCAACCAGAUCGGCUCGGCAGAAGGGGACUCGGACACAGCUGUAGUGAACCCAUGCUAUGACGGCACCCACGUGUGUGACACGACGGCGCGGUGCCAGCCGGGCGCGGGGCUGCAGUACAGCUGCGAGUGCACAGCUGGGUACCGCGGCGAUGGCCAGGACUGCAUGGACAUCGACGAGUGCGCCGAGGGCGAGAGCCGCUGCGGCCCCUUUUCCGUGUGCCUCAACUCCCUGGGCAGCUACCGCUGCGAGUGCCAGCAUGGCUACCGCCUUGCCGACGACCGGCGCACCUGCGUGUUGGCUGCGCCCCCGCCUGACCCCUGCGCGGCAGGCAGGCACAGCUGUGCGGCCGCAAACCAAGCGCGGUGCAUCCCCCGUGGCGGUGGCGCCUUCAGCUGUGAGUGCCUGCCUGGCUACACCGGCGACGGGCACAACUGCUCUGAUGUGAAUGAAUGCACGCAGGGCAGGUGCCACCCGGCCGCCACCUGCCACAACACACCCGGCUCCUUCUCCUGCCAGUGCCGGCCAGGCUACGAUGGGGACGGCUUCCAGUGCACCCCUGCAAACCUACAGCGCCUGACACCAUGCGAACAUGAGCGGCUCUAUUCGCAGCCGGAGCCAGGGCACCACGUACCCGUGUGCGACGACCAGGGCAACUACCACCCUCUGCAGUGCCACAGCAGCACGGGCUUCUGCUGGUGCGUGGAUGAAGCUGGCCAGGAGAUCGCUGGCACCCGGACACCUCCAGGCAGCACCCUGCCGCGCUGCGGGGAGCCAGAGCCCACGGCAAGGCCGCAGACCAUGUGCGAGCGCUGGAGGCAGAGCCUGUUGGACCACUACGGGGGCAGGCCACGGGAGGACCAGUACGUGCCGCAGUGUGACGCGGCCGGCAGCUUCAGCCCACUGCAGUGCCAUGGCAACAGUGGCUUCUGCUGGUGCGUGGACGAACACGGCAGAGAGAUUCACGGGACACGGUCGGAGCCCGGCACAGCCCCGCCAUGUCUCCCCAGCGUGGCCCCUCCCACAGUGCGGCCCUCGCCACGUCCGGACGUGUCCCCACCUGCCACGGGAACUUUCCUGCUGUAUGCCCAGGGACACCAGAUCGGCUACCUGCCCCUCAACGGCACGCGGCUGCAGAAGGAGGAGGCCAAGACCCUGCUGGCCCUGCAUGGCUCCAUAGUGGUGGGAAUUGACUAUGACUGCAGAGGGAAAAUGGUCUAUUGGACGGAUGUUGCCGGUCGAACGGUUAACAGAGCAAGCUUGGAGCCAGGGGCUGAGCCGGAAACCAUAAUUAAUUCAGGACUGAUGAGUCCAGAAGGGCUGGUGGUGGAUCACCUGCGCAGGGUCAUGUUUUGGACAGAUAGCGGCCUGGAUAAAAUCGAACGUGCCAACCUGGAUGGGUCGCAGCGCAGGGCUCUCUUCAGCACCGAUCUUGUCAAUCCUCGUGCCAUCACUGUGGAUCCCAUUAGAGGCAACCUCUACUGGACAGACUGGAAUCGCGAAGCACCAAAAAUUGAAACCUCAACGGUUGAGGGUGCCAACAGAAGGAUUCUGGUGAAUGAAGACAUCGGGUUACCCAAUGGCCUGACUUUCGACCCUUUCUCCAAACUGCUUUGUUGGGCAGAUGCAGGAACCAAGAAGCUGGAGUGCAUGUUGCCAGAUGGAACAGGAAGGCAUGUCAUACAGAAUAACCUCAACUACCCCUUCAGUGUCGUUAGCUAUGCCAACCACUUCUACCACACCGACUGGAGAAGGGAUGGUGUUAUAGCUGUGAAUAAGGAUACUGGCUCCCUUACUGAGGAAUACCUUCCAGAGCAACGGUCCCAUCUCUAUGGAAUAACUGCAGUGUAUCCCUAUUGCUCAGGAGCGAGGAAAUAGUUACUGAUACUUCAACAAAAGGAAGUUUGGGCUUUAGACUGGGAGGAAGAAUGCCAGACCCAAAGACUUAACACCACAUGGAGCAAAGAAGAAGAAACCUUCCACAAAGGCCAUCGAUGCUUACCAUAGGCACUGAUGUGAUCUACUUUAGUGCAAAAGAUCAUCAUCAAGUAUUUUUCUGAAGUUAUACCUCAAUCUUUACUACUGUAUUUUUAAAUGAAAACAUUGCUAUACUACAAAAAAAAAUGGCCCUGUGAAUAUUAGGCCAUUACUUUAAUUUUGCUUAUGGAAGCAACUUUAAAAAAAAGAAAAAGUCUUAAUGUAUCUUAUUCCAGUGUUCUCUCAUUUGGAUGAAAUAAAACUCAAAUCAUUUUUAAGCACAGUUUGACAAUCUGACCUAUAGGUCCUUUAUAGCCAAAAAAUGAAGUGUGGAUAGAAAGCUUUCAAUGCGGUGUCUUACUGGGUCACUGUCAAUAACCCAGAAGAGACAAAGAUUGCAUGACUGCAGGAAGUGUGCAGAACCAUCAUGGGACAUGGAAAGUACACUACAUUUUUUCCAAAGCACAAUUCUAGACUCCUUUUGCCUCUGCCUCAAUGCAUGUCUUUUAGUAUUUAUAUUAGAAGAAUGUGCUAGAUUUAAUCAUUCAUGUUUGAUGGUCUUUUAAGAAGUGCCUUCACUGUGCUACCUGUUAUAGGGCGAGAUGUGUACAUAAAUACCUGUUCAGAUGUAACUCUCACUUUUUCUAGAUUACUCAAAUAAUAAAAUUGUUGUUUUAAAUUUU